UUUGUUGUACAUGAAAAAUGUAGUCGUAGUAUUUUUUUAUGAAAUGAAAUGUUGUAAAUAAAGGAAGAUUGUCCGGGAUGACUGUCCUGUAUUACUGCUGGUCUGUUCUGUUUCUGUGGAGAUUCUGUUUAACAUUGGACGGAUCAAGGAAGCUUCAAAUAAAAGAAGUUGACAUUUGCCCAACAGACCAAAUAUCAUGGGAGAAAGCAUCACGUGACGUAAACUGCACUAAUCCAGAUAGAUACCAGUGUACCCCAAAUGAAAACCUAACAGCGUUACUGGAAUACUGUUAUCAUCAGCCACCUACUUUCGUCGAGAAAGGCUUCUGCUGGAUCAUAUCAGACUCCUAUUUCACGAAUACAUACAGCUGCUCCGGAUUUAAAGAGGGAUGUCCACAUAUGACCUACAGAAGCAAUGAGCUUUAUAAAUAUCAGGAAUGUCUACAACUAAACAAGUUGAAAGGAUGUUAUUUGGCCGACCCAAAAUGCCCAAGCCUGGGGUAA